UUGGUUGAUUCGAAGGAAACAAAUGCAACAAGGAAAACUGAGUUCAUGAUUUUCUUCAAUCGACGUAAGAUCAUCACGGCCUGUGUGUGCGCUGCACAGAUUGACUGUUCAUUUCAAGUGGAAAUAGAGUUCGUUUCGAUUAUUAUCCCAUCGCGUGACGGUCGCUACCAUUCGGUAAUCGAACUGAAACUAUAGUGACUUCCUGAAAUCGAAAGACACCCAUUCUUAAUUGUCGCAGUAGAGUGGAGAAAAACUUUGGUGCGCUGCAGCCUGUGCUACAAUUUCGCGAAUUUUGCACAAAAACCAGCGAGUGUUGUCGAGGGGGAAUACCAGCGGAGCGAGAUAGGAAAUCAGCAGUUCAAGUAUUCCCCUUUGUGCUAAAGCUAUUGCUGCUGCUGCUGAUUUGAUUUGGGUGCUGUGCUCUGUCCCAUUUUUGUGUGUGUUUUUUAAAGUUUGCUGGAUGAUUUUACGCCACUUCACGGAGUGGCAACAACGACAACAAAGUGUUUCCGUCCGUCCGGACCCAAUCCAUUUCGUGCGUAUUGGAUGCGUGCGUGAUUUCCGUGACGUUUUGAAGAUAAUUUAUGGCACUAGAAAUCUGAAGUCGUUAUAUUCUGGCUGCCCAUUUGGGUGAAGAAGUGUGAAAAAGGGCAGUAAAGUGGCAUCCAGAUCAAUUCUCGGCGGAUGCGUAUGUGGUGAGAGGGCAGUUUAAGUGGAUCUUUCGAUUGUGCGCUAGUGCGAGAGGCAUUUGGUGUUUGUCGACUGGCAUUUCCAGAUUCCCCCUUGAUAGGUUCGCUCGGAGCGGACGAUCUGAGUGGAUUUUAUCAAUCGAUUCGAAAUAACCUGUUUUUAGGACCGCCGCUUCUGCAAAAAACUCGCGAUUCCUCGCAAUUUCGUAACUGAUUCUGCGGCACGUUGCAUCUGAGCGAAUUUUUGGAUUUCUGUGUGACCUGUUUACACGAGAGACGAAGAAAGAAAAAAAAAAUCUUACGAGUGGUAACAGCUAGCGGAUAACAUCCAUCCAACAUGUAAAUCGAUUGGUUCACCAACAGUGGAGGGGUUCCCUUGCCGAUCGACUGAAGAAAGGAAAUCGGAACGAGGCUUGGAUGCCUGACCGCAGAGGGCAGAGCAAAUGCCGUGAACCAUUCCGUCCCCCGGGUGAAUCAGUAAUUAGUAUUUUUAUGAGGUGAGAUAAGGAAAGCAGUGCUAUGAAUCAGCUCGCAUUACGGCUGUAUUCUUGUCAGUUUUGGUGAUUGUGAUUGGCGGGGUGAAAUGAUAAUUACACAAAGAGCAGAAGUCGUUGAGUGCUGGCGAUUACGGUUGUGGUAAUAAGUUCUGCGCACGUUUGCGUGGGAAAGGCCCAGAAAAGCAAAAAAAAUAAACAGAAAAAGCAGAAUCGGGUGAUUUUGUGAGCAAUUGGAGGUGAGCAAAUUGGAAUAAGGUCGACAGGAAGCGAAAGGGAGUGGCUGUUUGCGGAAAUUGAAACGCCUCUUCCGUCAGGUGUUUCUCGUUUUCCUUUUCGUUUUGCUCGUUGAAGUGGUGCGAAUUAAUUGUGUCGGAGUGAAUGACACUGGUCGGGCCCGGCGCCCCAGGAAUGGCAUUUAUGAUGAAGAAGAAAAAGUAUAAGUUUACGGUCGAACUGCACCUCGAGGAGCUGGUGGAGGUGCCGUUCGUGAAUGCGGUGCUUUUCGCGAAGAUACGACUGCUGGACGGUGGUUCCUUCCAGGAGCAUAGUAAUAGGGAGGAGGUGAAAAAUCACACCGUCAAAUGGGGCCAGAAGUUCGAGUUUCCCUGCAAGAUGACAUCGAAUGCAUCCACCGGCGUGUUGGAUCCCUGCACAGUACGGGUAUCGGUGCGGAAGGAGAUAAAAGGUGGAAGGAGUUAUCAGAAACUGGGUUUCAUCGAUUUGAAUUUGGCCGAAUUCGCGGGAUCCGGUCUAACAUCUAGGAAAUGCCUACUGGAGGGUUAUGAUACCCGGCAUCGACAGGAUAACUCCAUGCUGAAUGUGUCGAUACGAAUGCACAUGAUUCAGGGUGACAUUCUAUUUAAAGUUCCUUCGCCAAGUCCGAAGUCAAAAUCGAUACCCCAGGACAACCUCGGGCUUGGUCUACAACCAGUAUCUGUAGUGGGCACCCCAGCGGCGGUAGCCCCGGCGGCCGCUAACCGUGUCGUUUCCAACAAAGAUGACUCUUCGAUAGCUUCCGGUUCGUCUGGAUUCGAUUCGUUGACGAAGAAAAAACCUCCGCCACACGCCGGCGCUGAGUACCGAGAAUCAAUCGAGCUGGAUCCGCAGUCCUUCCUGGUGACCGAUUCCGGCAUAUCUGAAUCUUCCGAACCGCCAUCGUCCAUGUUGGACUCAACAGCAUCCCAGGCGACGCUUCCUUCGCUUUCUGCACUUCUCGCGAGCAAUAACCAACAGGGCGCGGCGGCGGCGGCGGCGUCUAGCGGCCAAGUAGGUCCCGGUGGAGCAAUCAGUACAACGGCGACAGCAGCAGGCACGGUGCCCAGUGGCAUUGAAAUGGGUCAUUCCCGUAACUCGAGUAAUACUAGUCAAAUGUCCAAAGGUUCCGGUUAUAGUAGUUUUUCCCACAGUCAACAUUCGCGCCAGAGCUCGGAAGGUGAUUCCGGUCAUCAGAGGUUGCGCCCGUCAUUGCAAACAAAGAGCCAAAACGCUCAGACGAAUUCUAGCUAUCACUCAGUAGUUAAUGGUAAGCGUUUUGUCCAUGUUAAUAAUAAAAUCAUAACCACCAGCGUCGUCGGUCCGGCUGUGUCCGCCGGGGCCUGUGACUGCACAGAAGGAACCCCGUCGAAGGUUGCGACUGCUCAUCAAUUGCUCUCGAAGCUUAAGAUGCCACAGAGUCCCAACUCGGACUCGGGAGACGAACUUUUCGUUACCCCCGAUGUUACCGUCAUGUCGGACGAGGGAAUGUCCACCGAGGAUAGGACUGACUCCGGACUGGAUGAGUUCGGAACGCCCACGUCGGAAAUCCCGCUAUCGAGGCUGAACAAAAUCAAAAGCAUGAAUAAUCUUUCUAUUACGAAGAGCAAAAUGUUCAGCUUUGACGAAACGGCCGACGAGGGAAGCUUCUAUUUGGACUCGCCGAGUCAACAGAUGAAUCUUAGCCGGAUGAAAUCGUUGGGAAAUCUGUCUGCGUACGAGCGAGAAUUCGGGGCGACCCCGAUCGAUCUGCUCAAGCUGAAAAAGGAAUUCGAGUUCAAACGAUUCAGCAACGCAAAAAUGAAAUCAUUGACGGAUCUCAAUGAUGAUUGUGAUGAUAUUAUUGUCCAACGAAGAAAGCAAAUAUCGAAGGAGAAUGUUGCGUCGAGGGAGCCUACGGAACGCGAGGAAAGGAAGUCUGCCUUCCACAGGAAUGGAAUUGAUUCGACAAAUCGCUUCCAGCCUUUCCAAAUGCGAAACUCUUUCCACAGUGGGAUCUAUAAGAAGAAAAUCGGUGUUGGUUACACACGCUACAUUGGCAUAGAAGACGAAACGCCUCCUUCGCUGACGAAGAUGAAUUCCAUUCCCACGCUUAGCGCCACGGAUCGUGUUGAUCACAAUCCGUUCCUCACCCCAAACAUAGGGCGAAAGCGAUUUUCUUCCUCAAGCAACAGCCCGGACGAGAACGAACAAUCGCCGGUGGAGCUACGAAUCGCCAGGAAACUCGCCGAGGAUGUGGUGGACUCUGGCAACCUACUGAAGACACCAUUUGAGCGCAACUUCCGCAAAAGUUCCCCCACGGAGGAAUUCCGGUUGUCACAGCCGAUGGCACCAUUCCGGCAGUCGGACAGUAAUUUUUACAACAUCAUUCGGAACUACCCGAUCGGGAAAUCUUCGUCCGCAAAUUUGGAAUGGCUCCGGCAUCGCUCGUCUUAUAAUAAUUUUCCACAAAGCGGAAAAUCGAGUACAACCACUCCGACCACGGCGUCGACAGGACUUCCGCAGACCCUGAUGACAGCAAAGUCUCAAGCCAACAUUUUGACCACCGGAACGACGGCACCCAGCUCGCCAUCGUCGCAUCACUUCACAGCUCGAGUCUACCAUAGGAACAUAUGCGGUCUGCACCGCCGCCUGCUGGACGGUAGCACACGUCAAUUAACCUCACUAACCUUGGUCACACCGGCGGUGGCACCGGCGGUAUCUGGCUGCACUAACUCGUCCGUGCCGUCCACCGUAACAAUCAGUCCUCAAAGUUGUGCGGUGGUGACGGGUUUCGGCACAGAUCUUGACCGGGCGACCGAGAUGCAGUGCUCGCAGUUUUGCGAAUUCGCUUCAGGAGCGGGAACUAACAAUGGCCUCACCAGCACUACUACUAACAGCUGUUCUACUACUAACCCCGGCGUUGGUGGCGGGAAUCCAUCUACACUCUGCCUUGCCGCACCUUCAUCACUAUCACUAAGGCGACCCAGUGCUAACAUAAAUCCGAGUUCUGGUUCUAUUCCAAUGAGCGAAACGGGUUCCCUCGACCGGAUGAAAUCGGCGGCCGAGCGGCGGAAGAAAGGUGCGAUAGAGAGCGAUAGCAAAACGGUUCCAACUGUGUCCGGUCGAGUGGAGGGCACCAGGGUCAACACAGGAUUGAUUAUUGACGAGUUGCUAAAGAACACCAAGCUGGACCAUCUGGGAGAAUCAGAAUCACCUGCCGGCUUGGCCCUGUAUAUCAGUAGUGACGGUACGACGACGCUCGGAAGCCACGAGGUUAAAUCACGAAUGCCAGCCGGAGUAUUCAAGCAGGUGGUAAUGGAAAAUCCAAGAUAGUAGCAGCCGUAGACACUGUGGAGAGCGUUGUCCGUGAAUUCCCGCAUUCGAUAGUACCGAAACGCGCUAUAUUAACCCUAGCCGUCGCCACCGCCGCCGUAGUCUUUUAGUUAGAACCAUGAGUCAGAAAAGUUAUAACAGAAACAUAUAAUCACACACAACCUAUUGCUGCUGCUGUUCAAAACUCGCGCUCUGUUGGUCUUUUCCUUGGAUGAUUAUUGUUAUUUUUUUACCUUUCUGAAAAAGAGAAAGCCUAGCAAACCAAGCAAAUGAAAAGAAUUCAAGUAAUAACUUCUCUGGCCAAUAUUAUUAUUUAUUCUCAUUAUUUCAGUACGUUUCGUAUUUCCAAUGCCAUGAAGAAAAAAUUGAGAAGAGUAAGAGAUGUUUCGAAAUCUAUAAUAAUAAUGCAACCACAAGCUGUGACGAUUAUGCAACACAAACAAAAGAAAAAAAGCAAACCGCGUCAGCGGAAUAUCCAAAAACGUACAUCUGUGAAUAGUUAAUAAUAACUUGUGAUAGUCUUUCACAACAAAAGGGUUCUUUCUCGGAUAUUUGUUUUCCCCCCUUGGUAUGAUGUUUUAUUUUUAAUGUUUAAAGUUUUAGUUAUUUUUCAAUUUGUACAGUAUCGAUCGAUGAUGUUGGGGAGGAUUCACCGUAAGCGAACAAAACGUGAAUCUGCAAAACCCGCACGUUACAAUUUUCGUUGUGUAAAUAUACUGUAAAGUAUUUAAAAACGAUAUUUUAAUGCAACCUAAGUAAGGCAAAGUAAUUGUUGUGAUUUUUAGAAUUUGAAGAGUCGGGUGGCAUUAUUACUACAAGGUAAUAUAUUGAAAAUAAUAAUUAGCGGCAAUGAGAGAGGAAAAAUAUUGGAACAUGAACCAUGAUCAUGACAUUCUUUUAUCGAAAUGAAAAGUAGUUUUAUCGUGCAUAUUAGUAAUUUGAGCGUCAGAAGGAUGGCAAGGAAGCAUCCAAAACACGAUAGAAUGUUCGACAAAAUGAGAAACACAAAAUACUAGCUCUGAAAACAGAAGCAAAUUGAAAAAAAUAAUUCAUUAGAAGAACUACAGUAAUUAGUAAUUUAUCCAAUAACAAAAAAUACAUACUCUCACAUCCGAAAGUAAGUUACAAACAAAACUGAAAUCACAACUACAAAAGCUCUGUAUCACAAUUGAAGAUUACACAUAAACAAACAAUAAAUCUGGUAACAUGAGGCUCAACUAAACAAUAGUGAAAA